CGCGGAGGGCGAGGAGCGUCAACUAAGGAUACAAGUUUGAGAUCAAGAUGUCAGGAGCAGGUGCGGGAUGCGGUGUUAGUGAAACAAGCCUCUGAGUUCACCUGGGUGACACUAAACUCCACCACCAUGCAUCUCUGGAGUGCUGAGGUGGCACCACACCUGCUCCAGACACAUUAACCACAGUCAGGGUUCACCCGAUGGCCUUCCGGUGUCACGCGGCCUCAGCUUGCUCAGUGCUCAGCGCACCCUUCGCCCAUCGCUGUGAUGAAGACCGCCAGCCGCGCCCAGCCCCGCAGCAGUCCUCCACUGGUCCAGAUGAGGCGCUACACACCUGGGGUGUAUCCUUUCUUGUUCCCGUCGAUCAUCAGCUCCCUGCCGCAGCUGCCGCCACCGUCACCGCAGAGGCUGCAGAUCCAGCAGCCGUCCAGCAGCGGCAGCACACCCUCGCCUGUUGCCAUUGAAACACAGAGCACCAGUUCUGAGGAGCUCGUCCCCAGCCCGCCGUCCCCGCCGGCCCCUCCUAGAGUCUACAAGCCCUGCUUCGUCUGCCAGGACAAGUCCUCCGGAUACCACUAUGGUGUCAGUGCUUGUGAGGGCUGCAAGGGUUUUUUCCGCCGAAGCAUCCAGAAGAACAUGGUGUACACGUGUCACCGGGACAAGAACUGCAUUAUCAACAAGGUGACGAGGAACCGCUGUCAGUACUGCCGCCUGCAGAAGUGCUUUGGAGUGGGAAUGUCCAAAGAGUCUGUUCGAAACGACCGGAAUAAGAAGAAGAAGGAGAGCCCAAAGCCGGAGCUGGCAGAGAGCUACGAGCUGACAGCCGAGCUGGAGACCAUCAUUGAAAAGAUUCGCAAGGCCCAUCAAGAAACCUUCCCCUCCCUCUGCCAGCUUGGCAAAUACACCACGAACUCGAGUGCAGACCACCGUGUGAGGCUGGACCUGGGCCUGUGGGACAAGUUCAGCGAGCUGGCCACUAAGUGCAUUAUCAAGAUCGUGGAAUUUGCCAAACGAGUGCCUGGCUUCACAGCGCUGACCAUUGCGGACCAGAUCACGCUCCUGAAAGCUGCCUGCCUGGACAUUCUGAUCCUGCGCAUCUGUACGAGGUACACGCCCGACCAGGACACCAUGACCUUUUCGGAUGGGCUGACCCUCAACCGGACGCAGAUGCACAACGCUGGCUUCGGCCCGCUCACCGACUUGGUGUUCACUUUUGCCAACCAGCUGCUGCCCAUCGAGAUGGACGACACGGAGACAGGCCUCCUCAGUGCCAUCUGUCUCAUCUCCGGAGACCGUCAGGACCUGGAGGAGCCCUCUAAGGUGGACCAGCUCCAGGAGCCACUCCUGGAAGCUCUGAAGAUCUACGUGAGGAAGCGUCGGCCCAGCAAGCCACACAUGUUCCCCAAAACCCUGAUGAAGAUCACAGACCUGCGCAGCAUCAGCGCUAAAGGAGCAGAGCGGGUCAUCUCUCUGAAGAUGGAGAUCCCAGGUUCCAUGCCGCCGCUCAUCCAGGAGAUGCUGGAGAACUCAGAGGGCCAGGAUGGCCAGAGCAGCAGUAGCAGCAGCAGCAGCAGUAGCAGCAGCAGUAACAGCAGCAGCAGCAGCACUUCAGCCGAGGCGGGGGCCAGCCCCAGCAGUAAGGGCAGCCCCAACGAGGACGCCGCCGCCGCUGAGUCGCCGGAGUCAGUGGACACCGAAGGGGCAACGGCCACACCACCCAGCGACGAGCCCUAGGAGGCUGUCUCUGACAUUCCUUUGCACAAAAAAGGAACACCCAGGCAAGGCGCCGCCCCCCUAUAACCCCUCUACCCCAACUCCUUUGCUUGGUAUUACGUUAUCUUUAUAUCCUCGUCCUAUUUUUCUCCCCCGUUCCCCUGAAAUUCUCUCCUUAAAAAGAAAACGUCAACACGGAGGCCUCAAAGGAUCAGUGCUUUGUGUAUAAUUCUGAAUUGAGCUCUUAUUUACCGUGGUGUCUCUGGGACAGGGACUGCGACAGGAAGGGCGUGGCCCUCGCAAGCCGCCAGAGAUGAUACUCCUCAGGUCUCCUGUGUAAAUUCUUAUCUGCAUGACGGGAGUUUGAUAAGUGGUUUUACUCCUCCUCCUCUCUUUCUCUGUCCUCAUCUCUUCUCAUCUCUCGUAUUGUUGGCAUACGUGCAUUGUACAUACCAUUGUAUGGUUAGAUCUCUGUUUCUAUGAUGAAUUUUGUGGUGCUUUUUCAUUGUCUUAAAUAUUAUCUUUGAGGCGAUACAUCAAGGUUUAAAGCGGGACUAAUUGUAAGUCCUUCAAAAAGUUAUCUAGAAUGUUAUUGCAUAUAGACAUUAUGGAAGUCUAAUAUUUUAUAUUUGUUCCUAUAUUUAAAACGGUUUUUGUCUUUUAUAACACUUAUUGGUUCAUGUCUCUACAUGAAUAAGUGUACAUCCACACCGCCAGAAUGCAAAGCUCUCCAUAUCGACAGCCGAGUCUGUUCAACUGUUUCCUCAAAGGAGAGAAGCACAACAGCAGAAGCCUUUGGUACACACUCAUCAGGUUGGCCACGUCUGUUAAAGUCUCCGUCUCGACAUGAAUCACCGAGACCCGACAAACGAGAUUAGAUUCUGAAUAGGCCAGUCUAUGAAAUCAACUCAUCUGCUGGCUGUAUCUCCUCAGUAAAUCAGUUUACCUCACUGUCAAAACAAAUUGGGGAAAUUAGGUUGCUGAUAGAUGCCAGAGAUUUUUCUGCAGCAGGCUGUGAUUGCAUAGGACGCCUUUUGUUUCCAUUUCCCUGUAACCCUAUACAUCAGCUGGACCGUGAUUCAGCUUAAACUGCUGCACUUUAUUAUCAUCAUCUGGUCAGUUAAGAGGUUUAACAACAAUUUGUUUCCCCUAAAUAAACAGUUUUCCUAUGGCAUCAUGCUUAUUUUCACUGGAAGAUGUCUGUCUUCACAUUACUUGUUAUGUGUUGCUCUAAUUUCCACCAACAUGAUUUUGUUGUUCAGUGGGGGGUAAAGUCUCAUCGUCAGGGAAACUAAUUUAUAAGAAAAUACCUAGAAUACACCCAACAGCCAGAGAAAAAUGUUGGCAUUAUACAUUUCUGCAAACCAGGAAUACAUUACGUCAACCAUUAUUUUGCAGUGGAUAUGUUAAAACUUGACGUCCCAACAACGCUGUGGUUAAUGUGGUAAGGUUAAGGUACAAAAACAACUUGGAUAUUGUUAGGAAAAGAUCAUGUUUUGGCUUAAAAUACCUGGUUUUGGGAGUAGAAAGUAGCCUGGAAACAAGGAAACAACUGCUUUUCAUGGCACUAACCCGCUGGAAAAAACAGGUGACAGGUCGCCAAAAAACAUCCACGUUGCACAAUCCUGGCAGGAAAGGUGGCAGUGUCUCAGGAAAAACGAUCACUUUUCAUGGCAUGGUGAAACACAGAGACAGACCACUGAAAAACACCCAUGUGUGGUGGCUACAAAGCUGCUGGAAACACAACAACUCACGAAAAGUCGCUUUGAUGUGUGUUGGUCUUGAACAGUGGUCUGCAGCUCAGCAGUUUAGCCUCGGUGUCGCACCAUCCACCAUUCCCUCCACCUCCUGAUGACAAAGUCAGCUCAUAUACUACGUCACUUUAGAAAUGUUGAUGUGACAACAUUCAUCUCCUCUUACUGUACCUGGUAUUAAAUGAGUCUUUGUAACUAAGAGCAGCCCAGGCAGUGCAGAAACACAGUAGAAUCACUCAGUAAUCUCACAACAGUUAGCAUAAACCACCAUAAACUACCAGAAUAAGUAAGGCUGAUGCUGCAAAACCCCUGAGUGUGCUAAACUUAAUUUAAGCUUAUGAGUUCAGCCUCACUCAGAUUUAUAGUCCAGUUUUAUUACAACUUUGGUCUUUUUUUUGUAGUUUUGUGUUUCCCUAACUUAGGGGGUGAUCACACAGAAAUGAGACGCUAGAGACGCGGACGCUUCAAAGACGCUUGAAACGCUGGAAGCACUUAUUCAAUGCGCGCUAGCUACUGACGUCUGACGCUCAGGAAAGUUGAAAAUAUUUUAACUUCUCAGCGUCUACAUGCAUCUAAAAAUGUGCGUCUAAAAAGAAGCGUCUACAAAAACGCGCGUCUAAAAAGACCCCAGAAAAACACCUGUCUAAAAAGACGCUUGAACGCCGGUCAGACGCGCUGUAUCAUAGGAAAACAAUGGUUUUGCUGGCGUCGCGUUUCUGGCGUUUCAUCUCGGUGUGAUCACUCCCUCAGUCUAUCAGCUCUAUGUUAUUAUAACAUUGUACUCAUCAAAGUAAAUGCUGAGAUGCCACAAAGCGAUCGUACUUAAUUUGGCAAAACUUUUGGCUUAUUUACAACCUGUCUGAUCGUCUGACUGAUUGUGUUUCCUGCCCUGUUGAACCUAUUUUAUUGAUGUUUAGUGUAUUCCAAACUCUCCGAAAUAAACCAAAUCGAUGUAGGUGACUGGCAAUUGAUUUCAGUUGCGGAGAUAUGUCUAAAACCUUUAAAUGAACAACCAAACUUGUUCAUUUCUGUUGUGAUUUUCAGCCAUAACUGUAAUAUUUAAAGCUAUAUAGUUAAACACGGUGGUCCGACCCAUCUGAUGUUUCUGCUGUGCUUAUUUUAUGUCCCGUGUGUUACUUUGCUAGCAUCUUUUGUAAACCAAAUCCACCGGCACAGAAGCUAAGCAAUGUACUUCUGUUGGCUGGGUGGCAGUAAAACAUAUUUUAGCCACCAUAAAAAUCAAUAUCAGUUUAAGUGUACGCCAUAUUUAGAAUAUUUUCUCCACUUUUCUUUACACACUACCAAUCGAGGCAGAUCUUAACCAACAACUCCCAUGGUCUGCAAAGUAAAAUUACUCGUUGGGCUGUCUGACGCCAAGGUAAAGCAGUGGAAAUAUUCCAAAUAUAGCAUCUCAAACUGAUAUUGAAUUUCAUUUUUUUUUAUAUGGCUUAAAACUAACCAGUUGAAGUAGCAUUUGCUCUGUGCCAUGUUAUUUUGUGUACAUGAUGCAGGGCUAUUCAGUCUAUUACUUUUGUGAGUACAAAAAUCAUGGUCGAAACUACAAAAAAAGGACACUGUAGUAAACUGUAGUUUUUCUGUAGCCUUUGUGUUGCUUUAGGUCACAUGUAAACGUCCUCGUGCCCUUGUGUUAACGAGUACUCUUCUGUGUUUUGUGUUUGAGCUUUGAGUCUGAUCACAGCCUGUGGUAGCUUUUUGAAAAAUCGCCUGGACGUCAACCUAAUGAGUGUGUAACUACCGCUAACAGCAUCUACUACCAACUGGGCUCUACAAACGCACAUGGGCUCUGUUAUGGCCUUAUGAGCAGAGCUCCUCAACCCGCUUUUCUCUCCCUUUUCAGAAGUGUCUUGUUAGAACCGGUGAAACACGGGGGGCAAUGCAAUCCUUAAAACACACUGAUGACCGGACCAUGUGGGUCGGGACGAUUGUACACUAAUGUAGAAAGCACACGGUGGGGUGGGAUCCACAAGCCCUCUCCAAACGUUCGCCUUCCUCUUCAGACUUGACAGUGUAAGCUACAUUUAAUGAUGCAAAAGGAGAUUCUUGAUGACCUCUUAACCCCCUGAGAAGUGCAGUCGAGUAAAGCUUCUCUUUGGACAGUAGAUCCAACUGAGCUCUUAAUCUCAUUGGCGGGGAAGUAGGCGGUGUGUCUUGCAUCGGAUGAGGUGUUCCCGCUGAAAUUAGAAGAUGAUCCCAGAAAGCUGCUUUUCUGCACAGCUGAGGUCACACAUGAUACUAAACAAUAAGAAAUAAACUUCAUUAUAUCCUCUUACAGGACCCAGAUCCCUCACUACCCUGCUGCCCCUGCUGGCUGAACAAUGGCUCCAUUCACUCCGAUAGCGAGCGGUUGUUCACUUACAGCACAGAGGACAAACUGUAGCACUUAAACAUGUUGAACCUUUUAAACAUAGAUGCAGUACUGAAACUGAACAGUAUGAAGGCUGACAGCAGAACCUCUGCAACCAAAGGGGGAGGCCAAAGUUCAGCUUUAGAGAAAUUAAGCACAAAAUGUAUCUGUCACAGAGAAUAUUAAUACUUAAACAGUUUUGGAAAUGCUUCUACACUGCUUACAGAAAAAGAUGGUUUUAUUUAUAUCGCAAAUGAUUCAGGAAGUACUCAAGGUCUGGAGCACUCUGAAUCACAGAAAAUAAGCAAGUUUUUAACACUAGUGAAAGUUUAUAAGCAGAUAUUUGUGCCAGUAGGUAUUGAAUUUGGUUCAUCUGAAUUUGUGUUUUGUCUUUUCAAGCUGUAUAUAUCAAGUCUUCAAUGAAUUUGCAUUGACUUUGUUUAUACAGGUAUGAAACCAAACUGAAUUAGAUCCAAGUUUACAUUUCGAUGCUACAGUGCAAACAAGCUUAGAUCUGCCCCAGUGGAUUGAACUGACUGUAUGAAAUGACAUGAGAGGGAUAGGAUAUGCGCUGUUGCAUUUGAAAUUGAAUUUUAUUGUAUUGAAUUUAGGUCUUUGUCGACCUUGUAUACAGCAUUUGACAAAACAGUGUCAAGGUCCACUUCCUUUUUUGUUCUAUAGCUUUCAGCUGUAUCACAUGAUCUUCAUCAGCAGAUAGAACUUGAGAGGUUCAAACUUGACAUGAUUAAGAGCAGCAGUAGGACUUCUCAAAUCCAUAUCGGCCUGUCCAUUCUCAUCCCCAGGUUGUUAUAUACUGAUGCUUUGACACACCCCUCAGUGUGGGAUAUUUAUGCCAAAGGCAGCCUUUAGCGUCUUUACGAGAUGCACCAGAAUUUUAGCUAACUCCGAUGUUAACUCAUCUGUGGCAAUAAUUGAUGCUGAGAGCAACUGAUGUGGUAUAAAGAGCAAGUACGUCUGCAUAGGUGUAUGGGUCAAACAUAUCAGGACUUUCACCCAGGAGACCCAUAAAACCAAAAGUCAAAGUUGUUUGAAGGUAACAUUAUGUAAUUUAGGUAUAAUCACCGCGCACUGACGUCACUUACUUGACAUAUUCACGCUAUGUUAUUGUUACGUAACCUAAUCGGGAGCAUUACACGACAUUAACCAUGUGUUAAAAUGUGGUUUAGCUUUGCUUCUCAUAGGGAUGCCAAAGGACGCCAUGUGCAUUGCUAUGAGACACAAAGGAACGCGACAAAGUGUCGGUAUUGGAUGACCUGGAAAUAAAAACGGGUUGUAUUGUUUAGAGCCAGGAGUCAAUUAGCCUAGCCUAGCUUAGCUCAGCAUAAAGACUAGAGUGAGCUAAGCCAUCUGUAUCCCCGUUUCCAAAGUCUAAAAUAUGCCAAAAAAUGCAUUCAUGGCUUCGUCUUGGAAACAAAGAAGAAGUAAUGUGAUCAGACUUUAUUAAAUUGUCAAAACUGUGAACUUAAGGUCAACGUACUUGCUUGGUCUGGAGCUUUUACCCAGUCUUUAUCAAAUAGGCUGCCCAAACUCAUUUUCUGUUGCACAAAAUUUUUAUUAGACAAAGUAAAAAAAAAAGAGGCAUCUGAACACUCACGUAACAAUCCCAAAAUACCAGUGCUAGACCUAGCAUAGUUUAUGACCUAGGCAAGAUUUCUAAUGAUGAUGAUGAUGAUUCAAAUAUUUUGGCACCUCAAUCUAUUGAUUACUAUAGAGUCAAAUAUUAUGUGUCUGAUUUGUAGGUUUGUAGGAAAUGAAGUGAUUCUGGAUACAGUGAAGUUUAAACCUUCAAUGAUUGUGAGCACAUCUCGUCCAUGUCAGUUUAGAAGUUGAGACAGUUUUCUUCUUGACCUCGAACACAGCAGAUGAGCUCAGUUCCUUAAAUACAAAUGCAAAUUCAAAACCUGGCACAAAUAUCUUCCCAUACAUCCUAAACACCUCCCAAUAUUUGCAGAGAUGUAAACAUACUGAAACUGUUGCAGUGACUAGAUGAGUCGUUCAGCUUCUUGUAUUUGAUCCGAAAUAGGAAAGUAAGACAACCCUUUAGGGCAGUGAAGGGUUCUGGGUCUCAGUGGCACAUAAUGAAAACCCAUCUGCAUUCCAUCCCUGCUCAGAAAUACAUAUCAUAAGGGAAACCAGAGCUGUUUCAGUUUUUUGUUUUAACGUGUUUGAAUGUGAAUAAUGUCAUGGAGUCUGUCAGAAGAAUGAUAUGCAGUGUUAAGGAAUACUUACUUCUAUCUCAAUGUAACAUAGGAUAUGCUCUCCCUUGGUUCUCUCUCUGUCUUGCUCUCCUGGUGAGAGAUGAAGGGAGGCAUCUUGGUGUUUUUCUUUCUUUUAUUUCUUUUUUUUUUCUUUUUAUUUUGAAGCUGGAAAACCUUCACAGCCGAAGAAUGUCCACAUCCACCCCUGAAGUGUCAGGACAGCCCUCAGGCGCCUGACUGCAGCAGGGACUGUUAUCUGUUAGGAAACAACUUCACAAUGCUGAAUUACUCUUGUUCGUUUCUGUUGAAUGUUGUACCGACGUAACUGUAAUACUCUACUAUCUAGCUCACUGCAGAGAUGUUAUAUAAAUGGUGUGUGCUUUGCAUUCCAAUUGGCAGCUCUGUGGAAAAGACGCUCUGUUAUUUGUCCUUGAGAACAUCGACUCACAUCCAAGUUAAAAAAUAAAAAAAGAAGAAGAGCAGGAGGAACUGGAACUUGGUGGGCUGAUCUGGGCAUCCAGGUCGGACUCCACAUGAUACAUGCAUAUAUAUAAUUUGGGACAAUGAGAAAGAGGAGCCCGCCAAUGGGAGGAAUGGACGACCAAGUCACCUCAGCACCCGAUAUCGUCGAUAUGUUGUUCCUGUUCCAUGUCAAACAACAGAGCUGCGUGCCCCCUCCUCAGCCAGGGAGCCAAUCAGCUGUCGUCAAUCAGUCAAACCCAAUCAACUGACAGCUAUUUGGUUAACAGGUCAACUAAUGAACUAGGGUUUGACCGAUAUGGGGUUUUGAAAACUGACAUUUUUGGAUUUAAUCAGCUGUAGGCGAUGUUUUGUGCCAAUAAUCAGUUAAAGGAAAAACUGAUCUUCAGAUAUUCUUAAACAGUUUGAUAUCAGCCUGGUUUUUUAAGUGUAGUCUAAGUCUCUCAAACUUCCUUGUCUAUUAGAUUUCCUAGAACGCCUUUGAACAACCUCCACGCAACCACCCUCCAGUAUGCCUCCAGGAACAAUGCUGGACUUUAAAGCCAAUUGGACACAAGGUCAAACUGUGAAAUUACAACUUCUGGGUCCAUCACGUGAUGCCAUCGGACCCAAAAUACUUCUACCCACAGACUUACAUUGUGAAAGAGAUGUGUAAAUCAGUGGUUACAUAUUUUUCGAGCCUCACAACCUCCACAAAUGACUUGUUUUACUAUCAGGGCUUGAUCCAUUCUGUCUGAUAACAUGUCAGAAGUUUAGAGGAGCCACAUGAUUGAAUAGUUUCAUCCCCAUUCUAGUUAGCAGAACGCUAAACCGGAAGUUAGUUGUUUGGCCGGUGAAGUCUCUAUGAGCCCAACAAUUUGGAAGAUGUGGGUAAUUUUCUACCCAGGAAGUUGAACUUUGUUCCUGUAUGCGCCAUUAAUGGAUGUAUCUAGAAUUGGAUACAGCUUUAGAAACGACCUCCUGUUCAUUCUGGUGAAAGUUGCUCAGCGGUGCAUGAAGGCAGAAAAAGCUUGAUUUCUGCAGUAUGCGAUUACCCAGCAGGGUAAGGCGGUUGAGCGGGGCCAAUGUCUGCCAGCUGAGCAGCUAAUUACCUGUUUAGCCCUCCACUAACUUGAAUGGGGAUUGAAUGGUUUAAUAUUGCAGCUCUUUAUACUUUUUAAAAGUUCCGAUAGUGGAACAAGUCAUGGUGUGAGGGUUGUAAAGCUCAAUUAUUAUUAUUUUUUUCUUUCAGUUAUUUAUACGUCUCUAACAAAGUAAGACUGCGGGACUUUUUCUUUUUUGGCCUCAUGGCAUCAUGUGACGGACCUGGAAGUUAUAAUUUCACAUUUGGCCACUCUUUCAAAUUGGCCUCAAAGCUCUGUGCUGUUCCUGGGAGCUUAAUGAUACUGAGCAACGAGUUCUUUUUAUACACAUCUAAGCCCUCCACUGGUAAUACCUUAACAGCACUGAUCAGUAUUUUAUAUGGACAAUAAGGAAUCUACUAAGAAUUUUUACCUAAACAUGCAGUCCUACAACGAGUUUUAUCAUCUUUUAGUGCUUUGUUUUGGUUUUAGAGCCCAUAACGUAACCUUUUUAGUUAAAAAGCCCUAUGACCUCUGAUAAACCCACUGUACACAACCUGCUCAGCACCAAGCGUCAAAGUUAGCAAUAAGCUAACUAGCAAAAGAGCUGCAGGAGUCAUUUGUCAGGUGGCUAGAAAUACGACUCCGCCAUGAAAGCUGAUGUUCUGUGUGUGCUGAUGCGGUUCCCAUUUCACCAGUUAUCUUUGAACAAUUCGUAAAAAAUUUGGCAUUUUUAAAGAUUUUGUGUGAAUCCUCUUUUAAAUUUGAGCUAUUGGAUACCCCAAAAUACAAAUACAAAGGAACUGAAACUCAAUAUCAUCCCAACAUAUCGGUCUAACCCUAGAUUAAACACCUAACCUAGGAGCCAGAAAACAUGACUGUGAACCUCAAUAUCAAUCAUUAACAGUAGCUCUGUUGUUGUCCGUCCUAAAGGUGUUCUUGGUGACAUCACAAACUGUCCACAGUCGCCUUUUUACCAUCGGUAUCAGAGAACCUCACCACCAAUCAUAUGCAGUGUUGUAUAGUCGUGUUAAUACGAGACAUGAUGGUCAUGUCUUAUUGGGCAUGAGGGUGGAAGGGGGCAGGGGUCAUUGUGGAUUUAUCCCAUCAGCCCCUGCUGCCAGCCCGGAGGGUGAAGUCGACCUUAGGAGCUGCUCUGAGGUUGGAGCUUCAAUCUGUUUCAGCUCUCCAUUUUAAAUAUUGUCUUUGUUUGUACAUUAACAUAUGCUUUUUAUGUUCAUAUACUGUUCAACUUUACCAUGAACUGU